AUGGGAUCCCCUGACGAGCGAGGGCCAUCGGUCGCCACUGAGUCUGUCGGUGACAUCAAAUAUGCUUUGGUAGAAGGCAAAGCCGACGCGGCUCUUGCGUUCUUGCACUCCGAGGGUACCGCGGCUGUAGUUGAUAUCAAUGAGAAAGCCCUUGUGCGGAAGAUUGACUGGAUGAUCGUGCCCCUGAUGUGGGCGGCUUAUAACCUGCAAUAUCUGGACAAGGUGUUGAUUAACUAUGCGUCUGUCAUGGGGUUGCUCCAAGAUACCAACAUGCGCACCAAUCAAUACUCGAACCUCACGCUGGCAUUCUAUGCCACCUACUUGGCCUUUGAGCUCCCCACGGGGUACUUGAUGCAGCGGCUACCUACCGCCAAAUAUUUGGGCGUGAAUGUUACGCUGUGGGGACUGAUGACCACACUGAACUGCUCUGCACAGAACUUCGGGGGCCUCAUGACUCUGAGAGUACUCCUGGGUUGCUUUGAAAGCGCAAUUGCCCCCGCACUGAUCCUGAUCACUUCCAUGUGGUAUAAAAGAGACGAACAACCCACGCGGAUGGGUAUCUGGUAUCUGGGUACAGGCACCGCGUCCAUCAUGGGCGCACUCGUUGCCUACGGCCUCCUCUUCUAUACCGACCAUCGGUUCAAACCAUGGCAGGUCAUGUUUCUGAUUUUCGGACUCAUUACAAUCGCCACAGGCAUCUGCAUCUUCAUGUUCCUGCCCGACAACCCCAUGACCUCUCGACUCACCCACGAAGAGAAGAUCCUGGCGAUCGAACGCCUCCGCGAUAACAAGACCGGAAUCGAAAACAAAAACUUCAAAUUCAAGCAAUUUGUAGAAGUCUUCCGCGAUCCGCAAACCUACCUAAUCAUACUCGUGGUGGUGGCAUCGAACAUCCCCAACGCCGCCGUGAGCAGCUUUACAUCCCUGAUCAUCGAAAACAUCGGCUUCAGCAAGAAAGAGACAGAGCUCCUGAACAUCCCCAACGGCGCUGUCAGCAUAGUGAGUAUUCUGACCACCACAUACUUCGCCGGCCGGUAUAACCAGCGGUGUUUAUGCGCAGCCGCUUCCUUAUGCGGUGGUCUGCUCGGAGGCUGCCUGCUUGCGUUUGCACCAAAGGAGCAGAAAGCAGCUCAAUUAGCAGGGAAUUAUCUCACCCAGAUCACUGGAUCCUCGUUGCCCGUCCUGUACUCCAUUGCGGGUGCGAAUACGGCGGGUCACACCAAGAAGGUUACCAUGAACGCGGUGUUGCUCAUGUCCUUCUGCUUGGGUAACAUCCUGGGCCCGCUUACGUUCCGUACGAAGGACGAACCGAAUUACAUCCCGGCGAAGAUUGCGCUGGUGGCGACGAUCUCGGUGGCGAUUGUUUUUGUCGGCCUGCUGAGGGUUUAUUAUAUGUGGGAGAAUCGGCGGAGGGAUCGACGCGCGGAGGGUGGUGAGCAUCAGGAGAAUUCGGAAUUCCUGGAUAUGACAGAUAGAGAGAACCGGGAGUUCAGGUACAAGCUGUGA